AUGCAAGACUCCUACUACCCUCCAUUCGCCACCGUCUGCGGCCAGUGUGGAGUCGUCGAGCUGAAGUACCUCCACCACGUCCGCCACUGCGCCACUUUCCGCCGACUCUGCACCACCUGCGUCCUCCAGCUCCACCCGCAGUGCUUCUGCCCUACCUGUCUCGAAGUCUACGACCGUUCGCCACCAAUCGACACCGUCGUCUGCUGCAAAUGCUACUCAUCCUCCCACCCUGCCUGCCUUUCACCAGCAUUCUCCGGAACCAUGACUUCAACAAUGACGUUGUCUCGUUGUUCGAGUGUGUGCGCGUCGUGUGAAAACCCUAAUUUGCUUGUUUUGAAUUUGAAUAGGGUAGAGAGUAGUGAUGGGGGUAGGGUGGUGGAUAGGAUUGAUUUGAAUGCUGCUAGGUUGUUGCUGGCUGCGGGGAAGAUUGCGGCGAUGUCGAUGAGUUAG